ACCUCACCGUCCCCCCCCCCCCACACACACACAUGAUACAAUAUAUUUUAUCCAGAAUAUACUUAUAUAAUAUUAUUAACUAACUGAACCUAUCAUAUAUGCUACCUUCGUCUAUAUAUAAAUUACAAUAAUUUCAUUUGACUAAUUAUGGUUGUUAAUCCACCAGAUACAAUCAUAAAUCACGAUUACAUGCGCUAUUAUCUGACGUUGAUUUGUGACUGUCACAGUAACGGGUUAAAAUGUGACUUCCACUUUUGACGUCAUGCUUACACUGCCACUAUCAAGCUUAAACAUUCCACUCACGAACUCUCUGUGGAGAUUGUUCAGUGGGAGUACAUCAACGUAGCAGUGCCGUACGAACCACAGUAUAACGAUUUACCUGCAGCGUUUCGCGUUUGCAAACUCUUAAAUUCGUACGAUUUACGUUGUACUGCUAAUAGAAUGGCGCGCGCUAAAGAUUAUAACACAUGGAGUGAAGAGAUAACAUCAAAAAUUAUUGAGAAAUUCGGACAAAACAUCGACGAAGUUCAAUAUGAAAUAUGCGGGCAAAGCGAUUUUAUUAUGUCUUCCAUGUAUUAUAUAAACGUAAAGUUUAAGAAUAAGACGAAGGAUCAGAGUGAAGAAUAUUCUAUAAUAUUAAAGAGACCUAUACAGGUGGAAUUUUUUAAAGAGAUGACCCGUAGCGACUGUCAAUUCCAUAAUGAAAUUUUAUUUUACCGGAUGUACGCCCAACCUGGGGAGAACUUUGCGAGAUGCUUUUACGUCGAUGAACGACCGCCCAACGAUUCAGUGAUUGCUUUGGAGAACAUCAAUGAACGAGGAUAUUAUCCUUGUCCAUGUAAGUACAAUGCUUCUUUAGAAUAUACAUUGGCGGCGAUGCGCGAAAUUGGGCGAUUCCACGGUAAAGGAUACGUCAUGAAGCAGCUGCAGCAAGAAAAAUUUUUCGCUAUCGUAGAGCAACUUCAAGAAACUAGAUACGAUAAAAUGAUAAAGUACGAUGAAAUAGCCUUUAUCAACAUAACUGCGACGCGAGCGGUGGAAUAUCUUCGCAAUCAUAGUUAUGAUGUAACUUUCUGCGACAAAAUGCAAGCCUUACUCUCAGAUGCGUUUGAUGAAAUAAUGAUAAAAACAGUGAAGCCUCGAGAUGAGCCAUUGUCCACGCUGUGUCACGGCGACUUUACAUUAAGCAAUAAUCUUUUCAAGACGGAAAACGGUGAGCAUCAUGCAAUGCUGAUCGACUUCGCGCUUCUAAGAUAUGCGACGCCUGUCGUCGAUCUUUCCACGUAUCUCUGUCUCUGUUGCUCGAAUGAAAUAAGACGAGAUAAAUUCUUCGAGAUCAUACGAGCCUAUCAUGAUGCGUUAAAGGAGUAUCUUUUAGAAGCUAAUAUUUGGGAUAACGAGAAAUAUUCGUAUGAUACUUUGCUGGACGAUUACAAGAGAGGUGCACUCUUUGGUUUCGUUAUCGCAUCCUUCUUUUUACCAGUAUUAAUGGGAUAUGCAGACGUCAUCAAUGAUGUGGAAACGUGGUCAAAAAUAGGAUUCAUUGAAAGAGCAAAACAAAACAAGCAAUUUGGCGGAGAUAAAGUGUCCAAGAUAUUAGCUGAUAUGUUGUUACAUUUGAAAGAUCUUGGCUGUUUAGAAUAUUUUUUAUAAUACAAUUAUUUUAUUUCAUAAUAUGUAAUGUCAGAGUAUUAAUUAAUAAUUAUAAAUAAUUGUAUUAUGAUUGCAAUUUUAA